ACAGCGGGCUACGUGCGCGGAAAAGAGUCAGCCAGGGGCCGCAGAUAGCCUUCUCCGGCUUGCUACUCCCUUGAAGUCCUGUGGACUUGGAGUCUGAAGGCUUCUCGAGUGCGUAGAGAUGCCUCAGCCAGGAUGACAGCGUGGGGACGGCCGGCGGCGCCCCCUACCCCAGGCCGCGGUGGCGGCGCCGCGACCCCGCCCUCUCGCUCCUGUCCUUCCCUCCGCUCCCAGCCUUUGCUGGGCGCCAGACCCGGCUUCGCCGUCCGGCUAUUAUCCCACUGAGGCUAGUCACCCCCGGGGUCCCGGCCUCCGCGGGCUGGGGCCGCCGCCACCGCGGCAGGACGGGGAGGCGGGCCAUGGCGUCCUGCGUGGGGAGCCGGACCCUAAGCAAGGAUGAUGUGAAUUACAAAAUGCAUUUCCGGAUGAUCAACGAGCAGCAAGUGGAGGACAUCACCAUUGACUUCUUCUACCGGCCGCAUACCAUCACCCUGCUCAGCUUCACCAUCGUCAGCCUCAUGUACUUCGCCUUUACCAGGGAUGACUCUGUUCCAGAAGACAACAUCUGGAGAGGCAUCCUCUCUGUUAUUUUCUUCUUUCUUAUCAUCAGUGUGUUAGCUUUCCCCAAUGGUCCGUUCACUCGACCUCAUCCAGCCUUAUGGCGAAUGGUUUUUGGACUCAGUGUGCUCUACUUCCUGUUCCUGGUAUUCCUACUCUUCCUGAAUUUCGAGCAGGUUAAAUCUCUCAUGUAUUGGCUAGAUCCAAAUCUUCGAUAUGCCACAAGGGAAGCAGAUGUCAUGGAGUAUGCUGUGAACUGCCAUGUGAUCACCUGGGAGAGGAUUAUCAGCCACUUUGAUAUAUUUGCAUUUGGACAUUUCUGGGGCUGGGCCAUGAAGGCCUUGCUGAUCCGUAGUUACGGUCUCUGCUGGACAAUCAGUAUUACCUGGGAGCUGACUGAGCUCUUCUUCAUGCAUCUCCUCCCCAAUUUUGCCGAGUGCUGGUGGGAUCAAGUGAUUCUGGACAUCCUGUUGUGCAAUGGCGGUGGUAUUUGGCUGGGCAUGGUCGUUUGCCGGUUUUUAGAGAUGAGGACUUACCACUGGGCAAGCUUCAAGGACAUUCAUACCACCACCGGGAAGAUCAAGAGAGCUGUGCUGCAGUUCACUCCUGCUAGCUGGACCUAUGUUCGAUGGUUUGACCCCAAAUCUUCUUUUCAGAGAGUAGCCGGAGUGUACCUUUUCAUGAUCAUCUGGCAGCUGACUGAGUUGAAUACCUUCUUCUUGAAGCAUAUCUUUGUGUUCCAAGCCAGUCAUCCAUUAAGUUGGGGUAGAAUUCUCUUUAUUGGUGGCAUCACGGCUCCCACAGUGAGACAGUACUACGCUUACCUCACCGACACACAGUGCAAGCGUGUAGGAACACAGUGCUGGGUGUUUGGGGUCAUUGGUUUCCUGGAGGCCAUUGUUUGCAUAAAAUUUGGACAAGAUCUCUUCUCUAAGACCCAAAUACUCUAUGUUGUGCUUUGGCUUCUUUGCGUGGCUUUCACCACUUUCCUCUGUCUGUACGGCAUGAUUUGGUAUGCAGAACACUAUGGUCACCGAGAAAAGACCUAUUCAGAGUGUGAAGAUGGCACCUACAGUCCAGAGAUCUCCUGGCAUCACAGGAAAGGGACAAAAGGUUCUGAAGACAGCCCACCCAAGCACGCAAGCAACAACGAAAGCCAUUCUUCCCGGAGAAGGAAUCGGCAUUCCAAGUCAAAAGUCACCAAUGGCGUUGGAAAGAAAUGAAAAACCCUGGUUAAUCAAAGAUGUUCCAGAGUGCCUAGAACUGAGAGGGAAACGGAACUCAUUUGGAUCUCCCUGUGAGGAGGUCGAGGCGCACAGGGCAAGCAGGAAGAGGCAAGGGCACUUGGGGGUCAUUAUUUGAGAUCGUUAAGUCUUGUUUCCCACAGACCUGGCCGCGUCAGGCAGCUCAUCGCCUGGGGGCCUUUGCCAACGUGGGGUCUCUUCUAACUUCAGCACUUGGCAUGCGGUCACCGGUAGCAGUGCGGUGUGUUGGAGGGAAACGGUAGCUAUUCAUUACCAGUUGCCAAGAGCAGCUCCUCGCCUGCUGUAUCGUGGAUGCAGCAUAAACAUCUUCCUUCAGACAAGGCAUUAACCCCAUGGUUAAUGGACUGGUCGCCAGUUUUUAUUUUAUUUUUAUGAAUCUACCUUUCCAUUGAUUGAUUUAAGUUCAGGCCACUUUUCUGUCUUUUAUUUGGUUACUGUUUUAUUUGUUUUUAAGUUAGGAUGCUUUUUAACAGCCUUUAGAAGCCGCUGCUGAAAUUGACAUUGGGGGAAGGGUUCCCCUUCCUUCUAGAGCAGAAAAGGGAGAGAGGUGUUGCAUUCCUGUUUGGUACCUCAGUCUCCUUCCACCACAUGGCGAGUGUACACCAAUCAGGAGAGGGUAGCUGCCUGCAUAGGAACCUUGCUUCCGAUUAUUCCCUUCCCAAUGUUAUUCAUCCGGACUUACCCACAGUGCACAAAAGCAAACCUGCUGGAGAGGCAGUGAACACCACAGCUUCUCCCCAGCCAGGUGCCUUUUACAUCGAGUUUGUUCUCCUUCCAUGGUGUGUUGCUGACAUUGUCACUGAGUCCCAUGUGAGGUGCUGGUGAGUAUUACCUUUCAUCUGUGCCAUGCUCUAGAACCUUGACCCUGAUAGUUCACCACCUCUGAUGGAUCCCUGUUUUAAAUAAAACAAUUCACGUUAAAGCCUAUCAAA